GCCUGACUCUGUCUCUCUGCAGCCCAGCACCAUGGUGGUGGAGCACCCUGAAUUCCUCAAGGCAGGGAAGGAGCCUGGCCUGCAGAUCUGGCGUGUGGAGAAGUUUGACCUGGUACCUGUGCCCCCAAACCUCUAUGGAGACUUUUUCACAGGUGACGCGUAUGUCAUUCUGAAGACAGUGCAGUUGAGGAAUGGAAAUCUACAGUAUGACCUCCAUUAUUGGCUGGGCAAUGAGUGCAGCCAGGAUGAGAGUGGGGCUGCCGCCAUCUUUACUGUGCAGCUGGAUGACUAUCUGAAUGGCCGGGCUGUGCAGCAUCGCGAGGUCCAGGGCUUUGAAUCGUCCACCUUCCUCGGCUACUUCAAGUCUGGGCUGAAGUACAAG